CAGCAGCACCUCCGCGAGCUCGUCCACAAACGCUCUGAGCAGGUAGAGCGAGAGAGGGAGAGGAGGGUGAGAGAGAGAGAGAGAGAGAGAGAGGGAGGGAGGGAGUCUCUCUUUUCACCUGAAGAUUACUUUGUCUCACACUUCAACCCUGAGCGCAUACAAGGAGGAAGGAGCUGAGUGGAUCAGGAGGCGCGAGCUCUUGCUCUCUGGUGUUUCCUUUUUUUUUUCCUUGAGCAACUGGACUUCUGUGCACAAACUCUGAGAUAUGAGAUAGAAACCUGCACAUCAAGGAGAGAAGAGGAAAACAAAAAGUGAGAGAACUGCAGUGACCCGACAGCGGCUGCAGAGGAAAAAGAAGUUUCAGUGAAGAUAAGGACAGCGACCAGAAAUAAGGGAACCAGGAAACGAGUGCCCUCUCGAAGAAAGAGGAGAAAGUCCUUUCAGAUCUGCCUCUGUGCUUCACAAUGGGAGACCGAUUGCCUCUUCCGGCAGUUGCCAGGACUUUGCUCCCUGUGGCCCUCUGCGUUUUGACCCUUCUGCCCCACGGCCUUCUGGGAAAGGACAACGCAGGCAGCUCCGCACUGCUCCAGAGGGUCAAGCGAGGCUGGGUGUGGAACCAGUUCUUCGUGCUGGAGGAGUACACCGGACUGGAACCGCUCUACAUCGGAAAGCUUCACUCGGACAUGGACAAAGGCGACGGCUCCAUUAAGUACAUCCUGUCGGGCGAGGGUGCCGGCUCUACCUUCACCAUCGACGACAGCACAGGAGACAUCCACGCCAUCCAGAGGCUGGACCGUGAGGUGAAGGCCCAGUACGCCCUCCGCGCCCAGGCCCGCAGCCGCCUGACCGACAGGCCUCUGGAGCCGGAGUCCGAGUUCAUCGUCAAGAUCCAGGACAUCAACGACAACGAGCCGAGGUUCCUGGACGGACCCUACCAGGCCACCGUGCCGGAGAUGUCCCAAAUAGGAACAUCUGUGAUCCAGCUGACGGCCACAGACGCAGACGACCCCACGUAUGGCAACAGCGCUCGUGUGGUCUACAGCAUCCUGGAGGGGCAGCCCUACUUCUCCGUGGACGCCAAGACGGGUGUGGUCCGCGUGUCCCUGGCAGACAUGGACCGCGAGACCAGAGAACAGUACCACGUGGUCAUCCAGGCCAAGGACAUGGGCGGCCAGCUGGGGGGGCUCGCCGGCACCACCACGGUCAACAUCACGCUGAGCGACGUCAACGACAACCCGCCCAUGUUUGACCAGAGGUUGUACCAGAUGAGCGUCCCCGAGUCGGCUCCUGUGGGGUCAGUGGUGGGACGCAUCUGGGCCAAGGACAGGGACACCGGGGUCAACGCUGAGAUGAAGUACAGCAUCAUCGAUGGAGACGGAAGAGACACGUUCGACAUCAGCACCGACCCCACCAACCUGUUCGGCAUCAUCACGGUGAAAAAGCCCCUGGACUUUGAGACCAAACCCAGUUACACCCUGAAGGUGGAGGGCGCCAACACCAACCUGGACCCGGCCCUCCGGCACCGCGGGCCCUUCAAGGACGUCACCAUCGUGCACGUGAGCGUGGAGGACGCGGACGAGCCGCCGCUGUUCGACCUGCCGUCCUACUUCGUCGAGCUUCCAGAGGACGCUGACAUUGGGACGUUGGUGAAGACGGUGUCUGCCAGAGAUCCCGAUGCUGCCAACAACACUGUGAGGUAUUCCAUCGAGAGGUCCACCGACCCCGACAAGUUCUUCUACAUGGACAUCACGUCCGGGUCGCUGAUGACGGGGCGCUCGCUGGACCGAGAGGACAUCGGCUGUCACAACAUCACAGUCCUCGCCAUGGAGAUGAACAACCCGACGCAGAUCUCCAGCGUGUCGGUGACGGUGAAAGUCCUGGACGUGAACGAUAACCCGCCCCUGCUGACUCACUACCUGGAGGCGUAUGUGUGUGAGAACGCCAAAGCCGGGCAGCUGAUCCAGACGGUGACAGCGCUGGAUCCCGACGAGCCGCUCAGUGGACAUCACUUCUACUACAGUUUGGCUCCAGAGGCGGCGAACAACCCAAACUUCACCCUGAGAGACAACCAAGACAACACGGCCUGGAUCCUGACCCGACGUGGCGGCUGGUCACAGCAGGACCAGACACUGUUCUAUUUACCCAUCUUCAUCUCCGACGGCGAACAGCCGGUCCAGACCAGCACCAGCACGCUGACCAUCCGAGUGUGCAGCUGCGACCAGGAGGGCAACGUCAUGUCGUGUAACGCCGAGGCCUACAGCCUGCCCGCCAGCCUCAGCAGAGGAGCCCUCAUCGCCAUCCUGGCCUGUAUCUUCGUCCUGCUGGUGAUGAUUCUUCUCAUGCUCUCCCUGCGGACCCAUCGUAAGAAGCCCUUCCUGUGUGACGAGGAGGAGAACGUCCACGAGAACAUCGUGCGCUACGACGACGAAGGCGGUGGCGAGGAGGACACGGAAGCCUUCGAUAUCGGCGCCAUGUGGAACCCACGUGAGGCGCACAACCACCUGGGCAAGAUGAGGCAGGACAUGCUGCCGGAGAUCGAGAGCUUGUCGCGUUACGUCCCUCAAGCCUGCGUGAUCGGCGGCGGCAGCGGGGACAGCAACGUUCAAGGAUACGUGCUGGCCAAGCUCCUGGAGGCCGACGUGGACCCCUGCGCCCCCCCUUACGACUCCCUGCAGACCUACGCCUACGAGGGCGAAGGUUCGGUGGCGGAGUCGCUCAGCUCCCUCCAAUCAGGGGCCUCGAACACCGACCACGAGUACGACUAUCUCAACGACUGGGGGCCCCGUUUCAAAAAACUGGCCGAGAUGUACGGCGUGCUGGAGACAAACCCUCCCCCGCUGUGGUAGAACUCCGGAAACCUUUGCCUUUUUUUUAAACAUCUUAGACAAACUGCACCGACAAAAAGAGACAAACAGACAGAAACACGUCAGAGAAGCUUCACGAACAUGUGUGAGGACGACACGACAAAGCGCUUACGUCCACAUCCACGACUGAUGGCACUUGAAUUCCUGCCGAGGCCUCGACUCUCCACAGCCUCGGAGGCCUGAGAUGCCCACAGCAGCAGCAGCAGCAGCAGCAGUGUGAGCUGGUUUUAAAUCUGCCCCAGAGACGGGGCUUCAGAGACGGGCUGGAUUGGCAGCCUCGCGGGGGCCCCACAAAGGAACGGCUUCAAAGCACAUGUUAACUCCCCCGCCUGACCCGGGCACAGGCAGAGCGCCUUUGGUUCAAAGUGUGCAGCGAUUUAUGCCAAGAGAUGAAAACCAAGAGAACGAGAACUACCUUGACUCAGAGCAGCUCGGGAGACAAACUCUGAAAAUCCGUCGUUCAACUCAAACCCACGGCGCCGACACACAAAGCGAGGAGUCGGCCGUUUUAUUCCAUUCGUGGCAGGUUUUAAUUUAUGUGUUUCACGUGCCGUAUUUAUAUUUUUUAACUUAUUUUGGUACUUUAAACCGACACUGUACUUAAACCGCAGCUACGUGAGGAGGUCUUGAAAAAGAUCACGUGUUUGUUGUAACAUACGAGAUGUAAAAACUGCCCUUGUUUUCUGUCUGUGUUAAGAAAAAACUUUUUCCAAGCAUCUCCAGACGAUGCAGGUUGUCACGUUGUUUAUUGUGUUACUGGUUUUGUAUCAUUUCUAAAGCUCUUUGUAUUGUACUUGUUUGUUUUUGUUCAUGAAGCAGCUCAUUCACGAGGAGGAGAAGAGGGAAGCCAUUUAAAAAAAAAAAAUAACACCUCUUUUGAUGGAACUGGAUAUUUUCUAUUGCAGCAGACGGUCGGAUUUUACCCAAAAUGCAUCAGCCUACCUGGAUGAGCACAUGACCGCGUCGCCUUUGAACUCGGAUCCACCGCCGUGCCGACGAGAGUCCGACGGCGGCGAGGCUCGAUCCGUCCCGUCAGAGACACUGUGUCGCUUUUUCUAAAUCCUCCGAACCCGUGGACGACAGAGACGAUGAUAAUCUGCAUUAAGUGCCAAAUGUAAAAAAAAGGACAACAGUAAAAAAAAAAAGACAUUUUUGGGAUGAAAAGAAAAACACAAAACACCAAAAGACGAACGAGGACUUUGAAAACUGAAGGAACAUUUUGAUAAUUCGAUCGACUCUACUUGAAAUCCAUGUGGUGAGUCAUGCCACAGUACGUGGUAUGUGAAUGUAGAUACUUUUUUGUAUUCUUGCUAAUAAAAAAGGUUCAAAACUA